UAUCAUCACAAAAUCUCCAUCAAACCUCUUUCUCAAGUUUCAAUACUUCCAAUAUAUCCUCUUUCUUUCUUUCCCCAAAUAUCUCAUCUCACUCUUUUCCUUUUUCUAAAUCCUCAAUUCAAAAACAUCAAAUCAAUUAAAUUUCUUCUUAAUUCCUUCUUUGUCGAUCCAGAUCUCCCUUCAUAAUCAAUUACUGGAACGAUGUCGUUGGCUCGGUCUCAUCACGCAGAAAAUAGUCAGUUUCCGGGUGAUUUCAGAUCUUCCUUUGGAAGAAAUCACCCACAUAUGUUUAGCUCGGCUUUCAUGAACUUUACUAACAAUAGACGUUACGUUAAUAAUAACAAUAGUAAUAGCAAUAGCAAUAGCAAUAAUAACUAUAGGCGAAGUUAUAACAACACGUCUAAUGACUUCCCAAAUGAAUCUAGGCUGCCACCGCCACAGCCGCAGCAGCAUUAUAAUCAUAAUGUGUAUAGUUGUAAUGAUUCGGAAGCUUUACCUUCUUUUAAACGGAGGAAGUUUUCCGCUACUAAUUGGGAAAGUAACGGCACGUCUUAUAAUCAAUAUUCCAAGAUUCCGUUCCUUCCUCUUAGCGCUGCAUCUGAUGCGAAUGCUAGAGGUGGUGUGUCUACUACUAGCUGUAAGCGUGACCGUACAAGAUUCGAAGAUGAAGAUGUUGAGUUUUUGUCGCGGGAUCAGAUAGAGAGGUUUUCUCCUUCCAGAAAGGAUGGUAUAGAUGCGAUGCAGGAAACCCAUCUGCGUUACUCCUACUGUGCGUUUCUUCAGGACCUUGGACUUCGUCUUGAGCUGCCGCAAACUACUAUUGGUACUGCUAUGGUUCUCUGCCACCGGUUUUUUGUUCGGCGGUCACAUGCAUCCCAUGAUAGAUUUGUGAUUUCUACUGCUGCUCUUUUCCUUGCUGCGAAAUCUGAGGAGACACCUUGUCCGUUGAACACCGUCUUAAGAGUUUCGUCUGAACUCUUCCACAAGCAAGAUUUCAAUGUGCUAUGCUAUCUACUUCCUGUGGAUUGGUUUGAUCAAUACAGAGAGCGGGUGAUUGAAGCUGAACAAUUGGUUUUGACCACUCUGAACUUUGAGCUUAAUGUGCAGCAUCCAUAUGCUCAUCUAUCAUCAAUUCUCGACAAAUUAGGCCUUGCACAGUCUCUUUUGGUCAAUUUGGCACUGAGUUUGGUCAGUGAAGGGGCAAUAGAAGAGUAGCAUGCACGCCUGUAUGAUUUUCUUAGCUGGUGGAUAGAUAUGCUGUUCGUCUAGAAUCUUAUAUCCUAUCUGAAGUUGAACAACCGAUCUGUUUGGAUGCAGUAUCUGUGAAAAUUUUUCUUAACUUGAUGUCUGGCCUAGGAAUGUGCCCAUGACAUCUCAAACCUAACCUCAUCUGUGGUUCAGCUCAAAAUCUGAGUCUAAACCUAAUCCAGUUAGUGGCUAACCUAUAUAGUCAUACAUACACCCACACACACACACACACGCACAUAUAUACAUAUAUUUGUAUAUAUAACAACCGUUUUACGCACUAAUCAAUACCUGAUCUAAAGGAAUUGAUGUGUAUAUACAGUUCUACAUGACAGGUUAUUAAAAGUACCAAUCCUAAAUUUAACCACUUGUCGGAUCACAAAAGUUUCCUGGACUGAAAGCCACUUUGCAUUAGAAGGUUAACUUUUUUUCAUUUCAGUUUGCGGUUUUGCCCUAUCUGACAGCCCUAGUUUGACCUUGAAAGUAUACAUGAAGCUGACUUGAAAUACGCAAUGUCCAACAAAGUGGUUCUGCUUAAGACACAUAGUCUUUUAUACUAAAUACAUGGUCUGGUGUUUGUCUAUAAAUUUUUUCUAUAGACCACACGGACCAUCACAUGAUAUCUAUAUGAUUCACACGUCAUAUUUAUAUUUAGAGUGAAUGUUUAACAUAAUUCCAAUAUCUAAAAGGCAAUCCUUUUGACUGAUCCUUGGUGGAUGAGAUACAAGUGCUGUCUUGCUGGGUAACUUAUUGGAUAAGUUUUGGGGCGCUUGGUUAUGAUGGGAUGGUGAUAGGAAGCUGGGUGUUGGGUAUUUCUUAUCGGGUGAAUUUACUUGGGUACAUUUAUACUAUGUACAUGCCUCUGUAGUAUAUCCGGUCCUGUCAAUCAUGAUCUUGCUAAGCGGAGGGUCUUUCAAAAACAUGGCAAGAUGGGCAGGGUCUUGUGACAUGUGAGUUUUAGGGUUGGUCCAGUGUGGUCGGUUGGCAACACAUGUUCAUAUAAUUGAAGUAUUAACUAUGAUUAGCGAAUGUAUUUUUACAAAAAAAAACUAUUUAAUUUUGUUACUUGAAAAGAUGCAUUGGAAAGUUUUGAAUAUUCGAGUUAUCGAGUAUGGUUUGGACAGCACUUAAGAGGAGAAUACUAUUUUCUAAAUUUUGUUUGAGGAAAGAAGAAUACUACUUUCUAGCUAUUAUUUGAGUAUAAUUAUAACUUCAUUAUUUAGAGAAGAAACAUUGUCAGGUUGCUUUACCUAAUUCUUCUCUACGAACCAUUUCAGAUUGGUUUUAAUUGUCUUGGUCAUUUGUCGAAUGACAUGACCAUCUAACCUCAGGUUUAAUGCAAUAAUGAUCAUGUUAGAGUUCUUCGAUGAUUUUUUGGAAUUCAACACACUUGUAAUGCUUCGGGAUCAUAGAAAAGCAAGUAAACUAUCACCACUGGUAUAAAUACAUGAUAAGAAAAGUACAAAUUUACUUUGUCCAUUCAUAAAGAAUGACCUACCUCUACAGCCACACUUGCAAGUCUAUGAUCAACAUCGAGUUAGGGUUUUAUAGUUACAGAGGUAGCUUUAUAUCUGGAGAACGGUGUUGAAAUAUCUUAAUGGGUACGCCCCAACGUCUGGGUUUUGCUUCACCAAGGUGCUUGCAUCUUUGAAUUCCUGCAUGUAGAGUGUCUGAAGGAAUGCCAGGUGUCAAGUUAGACUUCACAACACAACAUGAUUGUGAUGCCAUAUGAAAAAAAAUAGUGAUUGGGAAGGUCUUUGUGUGAACCGUCACUGUAUAAAUACUCAUGUUUAUUGUUAAAA